UUUUCCGGACCUCAGAAGCUAGACGUUGCUAACAGUCGUUGACGCAGAUUUUAUACCGAAUGUAAUGUGUUUAAGAGACUUUUAAAACACAUACAACGAGGUAGUUUAACCUUGAAGAGUGAUUUAUCCGUGCUUUUAUCCGUUAAACCGUGUUUUUGUUGCCUCCCGUUCUUUGUUCGUAGCUUUUUAUACCACGUCGCUGAUCGGUAAACAUAAGUAAAGGCAUUCAAGGGAGAUUAGUGUGUUUAACGGCAGUGUUUUAUCAAGGAGAAGAAAGACUGAAGAACCAGGACGAAGAGGAGAGAGAGAGAGCUGUAGUUGUGUUGAUUAUUUCAGAGACACAGCCGGAGAAGGAGCACUGAGAGCAGCAUGGAGGAGAACACAAAUAACCCUGGAGCUCAGAAGGCGAAAGGAAGAGAGAGAUGUCACAGCUGUCAGCAAUGUGACAAAUCCUUUACAACAUCUGGAACUUUAAAACUCCACCUGCGUAUUCAUACAGGAGAAAAACUGUACAGCUGUGAAGAGUGUGGGAAAACGUUCAAUACAUCAGGUAAUCUCAAAGCACAUCAACGUAUUCACACUGGAGAAAAACCGUACAGCUGUGAAGAGUGUGGGCACACGUUCACUAGAUCAAGUCAUCUCAAAACACAUCAAAUUAUUCAUACUGGAGAAAAAAAGGACAGCUGUGAAGAGUGUGGGAAAGCAUUCACUACAUCAUAUGCUCUCAAAAUGCAUCAACGUAUUCACACUGGAGAAAAACCGUACAGCUGUGAAGAGUGUGGGAAAACAUUCAAGACAUCAAAUGAACUCAAAUUGCAUCAACGUAUUCACAAGGGAGAAAAACCGUACAGCUGUGAAGAGUGUGAGAAAACGUUCACUCAAUUAAGUCAUCUCCAAACUCAUCACCGUAUUCACACAGGAGAAAAACCAUACUGGUGUGAAGAGUGUGGGAAAACGUUCAGGACAUCAAAUGCUCUCAAAAUGCAUCAACGUAUUCACACUGGAGAAAAACCGUACAGCUGUGAAGAGUGUGGGAAAGCGUUCACUACAUCAUAUGCUCUCAAAAUGCAUCAACGUAUUCACACUGGAGAAAAACCGUACAGCUGUGAAGAGUGUGGGAAAACGUUUUCUCAAAGUGCUAACCUUAAUGUCCAUGAGCGAAUCCACACUGCAUAGUUUUGAACAACUAUGAGAGCAAAGCUAGCUUUUUCCUCCUCCUGAUGUCCUGAGAGCUGUAUUGUUAUAUUUGAAGAGUCUUUCUGAAUUUAAGUCUGACUAACAGUUUUCUAUGUUCUGACCAGCGUUCACACUAUGCCAACACAAGGCCACGGAGAUGUUGUUUCUCCCGAUUUAAUUCAUGUUUGUAACGGUUCCUGAUCUAUAAAGAAUUGUUUCACUAUGCUGUUCUUCAACUAACUUUCUAAUAGCCUUGUUUGUCCUUUUAUAAAAUAUUAUAUGUCCAGGGUUUAAUUGCUAGCCUCGUUAAGCUGCAUUGAAGGAAUUUACUUUCACUGUUCAUUAAUCUGCAGUGUAGUUUCUCGUAUAAUCUGUUUGGUUAAUAAAAUGUUGUGACUUUAAACUUCGAUUGGGAUGUUCUACUCUAAAAGAAGAACCUAUGAUAAAUGUAUCUAGAAAAUAUUUAUGAUGUUUUCAGUUUGAUUCUGUUCUCUUUUGUUUAAAUUAUCAGACUGUACCAAAAUAAAAAAGGCCUUAAAAAAAGAUGCACACCCCUGAA